AUGCAGACACAGGACUCCACCGCACAGCUCCACGCCGGGAGCACUCACAACUACCGUUUAGAGCAGCAAGGACGCGGCGCUCGCCCCGCGGUCCAGCGCUGCGGAGGGACCCGCGGCCGGGGCGACACCGGGACGGCCCCGGCGCCGGAGCGCUCGUUCGCUCAGAUCUGCGUGACAAGCGGCCCCUGCACCUGCUACCGCCCGUCCCCAUCCCGACCCCGAGCCCCGGGCGGGCCCCGCGCACGGCGCCCCGAGGGGUGCGACUGCCUCAAGCCGAGGGACUCGCAGCAGCGGGAUCGGGAGAAGCGGGGUGCAGGCCGCAGCACCGGCAGCCCGCCGGGCCCUGCGCCGCUCUCCAUCCCCACCGAAACGGGGAGCGCAGCCGGGCUCCUCGUACCGGUUCGGCCGGGCCCGCGCCCGCCUCAGCCGCGCUCUCUCGCGCCAGAGACAGGCAGAAGCUCAGCCCGCAGCCCCCCGGCCCCCGCCGCUCGCCUCAUCCGCGCCGCGCUGCGGCCACCGCCUCCCCAGGGUGUAGGCCCGGCGGGCCCCAGGGGAGCGGGCGGCCGGGUCCGGGCCUGGCGCAGAGCGGCGGCGGGGCCGGAACAGGCCGCGAGCCUGGAGCGCCCAGUGGGCCUUCCCUCUCCCCAGGCCCACGGAUCUCGCCGGCCGCCUGUCCCGAGCUCCCCGGCACCAACCUCUGGAGCCGGGCUGGUCCCGCCGGCGCUACUCACCGAGGCCUGCGAGAGCCGGGAACCGAGAGGCAAAGGCCGGACGGCGGCGAAGCCCGAAACUGACACGGCGGCCAUCUUGGGUACCGAAGCGAUGGAGAGGCCUGGAGUAACGGUGCCGUGAGGCCGGGGAGAGCCGUGCACGGCUGAAGGCAUCCUGGUGAGCACAGGGUAACAGGUUAAAUCACCAGAAUUCCUGCAUCUGGCAAACUGGAGAUGGGGAGGAAUUGUUUUAUGAUAAAGACAGUGCAUGGUUUGGCAACACCACUUUGUAGCGCUGUCUGCGACUGUGCUUAGGUUUCUCUGAGGGCAUACAUAGUACAGAAGUAUAAAGCCCUUCAAGUGGGAGUUUUCAAGCUGUCAGUAAAUCAACCAACACAAUGAAAUUCUCUUCUGGCAGCAUCUUCUGCCAUGUUCUCCUCUUAGGUUCCAGUUUAUAUUAGCUCCUGAGCCACUGUGGGACCCGACUUUUAGAACAAAACAUGAUCUUUGUGCUGACAGUCUAGAAGCAGCCAGGCAGCAUUUCUGCAGCCGCAAACACUGGUGUAACUACAGACUGUUCUCUGCUGGUGCCAGCAAGAUGCUAUAAUAAACCUGCCUGAUCUUAAAGCAGA